GCUGCAUACAUCCGUGCGCUACGUCGUUUGUUGCCGUCUUCCUUUGCAGGGCUGUGACACGAUACCAAUUCCCCAGUGGUGCUCGCGUGAUAAUAUAUGGGCAAAUUCAGUCAUUAGCACCGAGAAAAAAAGCUGACUUAGGGCAUCCCUUUCGGUCUUCUUUUUUCUCUUCCCCCCCCCCCCCUUUCCAACGCUUUAUUCAUUGACGGAGCAAUAAAAAAAAGGCAAAAUAGAAAUCAUGGAGAACGGUUCUCGCUUCGACGAGGAUGAGGAAGAGGAGGUGCUUCCCUUCGAGGGGUUGGACAAGGCCUCUGCGCUGCAGGAGUGCCGUGUCUUCAACAACACCCCUCUCGAUGAGGAGCGCUCCAUCCAAGCCAUGACCCAGGUGCUCUACCUCAUGUCGAUCGGCGUGCGGCUGACAGAGGCGGAGGCGACGGACGUCUUCUUUAUGUCAACGAAGCUGAUGCAAUCGAACCACGCAAAGCUGCGUCGGCUGCAGUACAUUUUGAUGAAAGAGCUGAGUCCGCUGGUGGGGGAGAGCUUCAUGGCGUCGAACGCGCUCAUGACGGACAUCAAGAAGAAGGGCGACCCCGACAAGAGCUGUGCCAUUCGUGCCCUCUACUCUGUGAUGGACAGCAGCAUGUACAACUCGAUGGACCGCACGAUUGUGGAGUGCAUGACGUCACGCAACCCGAACGUCGUGACGGCAGCCUUAGUGACGGGCAUUCACAUGUCGCACACGCAACCGGAGAUGCCGCGCAAGUGGGCGACGCAGUUGAACGAGGUGAUGCGGGAGCGGGCGAAGGCUCAGUACCCCGCCAUCGCCCUGUUGCACAAGAUCCGCAACAACGACCGACUCUCGGUGGAUCGCCUCAUCGAGGACGCCACGACAGGCCGCAUCCGCUCAUCCCUCGCCGUCUGCCUUGUCAUCAAGAUGUGCACGGAGCUCAUGCAGGACGACUUCUCCAGCUCGCUGGGCAUCUACACGUUUGUCGUGUCCAUGCUGCACCGCAGUGAUAUGACCGCCUUCGAGGCAGCCAAGUCCAUUUGCUCUCUGCGCAACGUGUCAGACAAGGAGCUAACACCGGUCGUGACGAUGCUGCAGCUGUACCUCAGCUCGCAGAACCCGGUGCUGCGCUUCGCCGCGGUGUUUCUCAUCAGCCGCAUCUCGACCGCGCACCCCGCAGCCGUGGCCCCGAUUAACGCCGAGCUAGAAUCCCUUACGCUGGAUUCCAACCGCAUCAUUGUCACCUUGGCCAUCACUUGCCUCCUGAAGACCGGCACCGAGGGCACGAUUGAGCGCCUGCUCACGCAGCUCUCCUCUGGCAGCUACAUGAGCGACCUCGGCGACGAGCUGAAGCUGACCAUCGUCGAUGCGAUGCGCGUGCUGAAUGCGAAGUUCCCGAACAAGUACGAGACCCUGCUCGCCUUCCUCUUCCGUGCCCUCAGCGACGAGGGCAGCAGCUCGCUGAAGCAGAGCGUGGUGGACGCGAUGUUGGACAUCUCCAAGUCCAACCCCAACUCCAACGAGGUCGUCCUCACCCACCUCGCCGAGUUUAUCGACGACUGCGAGUUUUCGCAGAUCACAAAGCGGGUGCUCAUGCACCUUGGAGAGGAGGUGCCGAACUGCGCCAACCCGCGCCGCUUUGUCCGCUACGUCUACAACAACGCGACACUCGAGAAGCCAGACGUGCGCGCAGUGGCGGUGACCACACUGGCCAAGAUCGCCGCCAGCGUGCCGACGCUGCGCCGCUCCAUCGUGGCGCUGCUAAAGCGCUCCUGCAGCGACUUCGACGACGAGGUGCGAGACCGCGCCGUGCUGUACACGAAGCUCUUCUUGCACAACGACGAGGUGCUCGUCCGGACGUACGUGCACGAUGUGGCCGAGGCCGUCUCACGUCACCGCCAGGUCGUGCGCAGCGCCCAGAAGGCGGAGCUGACGGUGGGCGGCGGCACGACGGAGGGGGAUGUGAUGGCAGCGGCUCUUGUCGCCUCGACAAACUCGGCCAGCGCUGGCGGGCUGCCGCUGGCUACCCCGGCCAUCCUCCAGGGCCGCGAUGCACUACGUCACGUGAAGCAGCUGCGCGAGCUGGGCGAGCCGGCAAAGAGCACGGAGCCGCUUCUCCUUACCGAUGCGGACAACGAGUACGUUGUGUCCGUUACGAAACACGCGUACCCGGCGCACCUGGUACUGCAGUUCAAGGUGAAGAACAUGAUGGACGCUCUUCUCUUUCGGAACGUGCUGGUGGUGACCGACACCGAGGAGCUCGAGGCGGAGCCGCUCUACGCCGUCCCGAUCGAGAGCAUCAACCCCGGCGAGACGCAGUACGGCUACGUCGUGCUCCGCUACGAGCCCGGGGAGUUCCCAAGCGGCGAGGUGCGGACGACCUUCCGCUUCUCGAUGGCCGAGGCGGGCGAGGAAGGGACACCGGAGGACCAGGACGAGUACCCCAUGGAGAGCUUCGACGUGGACGUGAGCGACUUCAUCUCCCCCAUCAACCUCGGCAGCGAGAUGGACGGCAAGUGGAAGGGGCAGGAGGCGAACGAGACGGCAGGCACUUUCGCGUUGCACUCAAUGAAGAACUUGACCGAAGCGGCCCAGCAGCUCGCCAGCUUCUUUGGCAUGUACAUCGAGGGCGGUGUGCCGGAGAAGAUCACGACAGCGUCGCACGUGCUGAGGAUGGCGGGCGUGCUGGCGGACGAGGCGCACACGUUGGUGUUAGUGCAGGCGAAGGUGUUCAUCGCGACCGAUAAUAGGGUGGCCCUUCAGCUGGCGCUGCGCGGUGGCUCUGCGGAGGUUCGGGAAUACCUAGCCAACGCCUUGCUAGGGUAG